UGUACUCGUGGUAGUGUAAGAAAGGCCUCCUCUCUCUCUCUCUCUCUCUCUCUCGCUAACAUCAAACCCUCGCGAACCAGUUAUGGACGCCGCAAAAGUGAGCCACUUGAAGGAAUUCAUCGAACAGUGCAAGUCUGAUCCUUCAAUCCUCGACGAUCCUUCUCUUUCUUUCUUCACAGACUAUCUCGGAAGUCUCGGGGCUAAACUUCCUACAUCCGCCAACAAGCCUGGAGAUUCUCCUCGUAACAAAUCGAAAUCUUAUGUGGUGGAUGAGAGCGAUGAUGAUAUCGAGUACGAGCCUGAACUGCAGCCGACUGUGGAUGAAGAAGAAGAGAGCGAGAUAAUUGAAUCUGACAUUGAGCUUGAAGGAGAAACUGUGGAGCCUGAUGAUGAUCCUCCACAAAAGAUGGGAGACCCUUCUGUUGAGGUUACAGAAGAAAACCUUGAUGCUUCACAAGAGGCAAAGGCACAGGGCAUGGAAGCAAUUUCUGAAGGUAAGCUGGAGGAAGCAAUUGAGCAUCUCACUCGGGCAAUUUUGCUCAACCCAAAUUCGGCAAUUAUGUACGCAGCCAGAGCUGGCGUGUAUAUCAAAAUGAAGAAACCAAAUGCUGCUAUUCGAGAUGCUAGUGCAGCUUUAGAGAUAAAUCCAGAUUCUGCUAAAGGCCAUAAAUCCCGUGGAAUGGCAAGGGCAAUGCUUGGCCAGUGGGAAGAGGCUGCGAAGGAUCUGCACUUGGCAUCAAAUCUGGACUAUGAUGAGGAAAUAAGUUCUGUUCUAAAGAAGGUUGAACCUAAUGCACGCAAAAUUGAUGAUCACCGAAGGAAAUAUGAGCGUUUGCGCAAAGAACAAGAGGCGAAGAAGGCUGAACGUGAGAGACAACGUCGUCGGGCUGAAGCUCAGGCUGCAUAUGAGAAGGCUAAGAAGAAGGAGCAAUCAUCUUCAAGUAGAACGGGAGGCAUGCCUGGUGGGUUUCCUGGUGGCAUGCCUGGUGGGUUUCCUGGGGGUAUGCCUGGAGGUUUUCCGGGUGGUAUGCCAGGAGGUUUUCCAGGUGCCGGUGGUAUGCCAGGGGGUUUUCCAGGUGCCGGUGGUAUGCCAGGGGGUUUUCCAGGUGCCGGUGGUAUGCCAGGGGGUUUUCCAGGUGCUGGUGGUAUGCCUGGAGGAUUUCCUGGUAGCACGGCAGGGGGCAUGCCUGGAAACGUCGACUACAGCAAAAUCUUGAAUGACCCGGAAUUGAUGGCAGCAUUCAAGGAUCCAGAAGUGAUGGCUGCUCUUCAAGAUGUUAUGAAGAACCCAGCUAAUCUUUCAAAGUAUCAAUCAAAUCCCAAGGUAGCUCCCAUCAUUGCAAAAAUGAUGGGCAAAUUUGGGGGAUCAAAGUGAACAUUUCUCAGAGAUUGGCAUCAUCUUUGUUUAAAAUUAGUUUCUGAGGCAAUUGUGGUUUUUGACGUUGCAUUCGAGAUCUCAGUUGCAGCUUUCAUGUGUCAUUCUCGAAAAAUCGUGGCUUUUGUCCAACUUUUUUCGUUACAGUAAUUGACAUGGAGAACAAAUUAUGUUCUGGGGUUCAUGGCGUCAUGAAAAAUUUCUUUUAGACUCGGAGUGUUUAUGCAACACUAUUAAUUUAGCUUAUUUGAAAAUGACCAUUCAAUUCCUGCUUCA